GGCUCUGGGGGCACCAGCAGGAGGAGGAGGAAGAAGAAGAGCCUGCGGUCACUCCUGUCCCUGCUGGCCAUCUCUCGCAGUCUCCGACCGUAGCUCAGCUCCCUUUGCAGGGAAGGCAACCAGCCUGGUGCUGAAGAUGGAGUACCAACCACUGCUGAAAGGCACUGGACACCCCAGCAAGCUUCCGACUUGGACUCUCUUCCUAGCCACGUGUGCUGCCGGCAUCGGAGGGACCUUCCAGUAUGGGUACAACGUCUCUGUGAUCAAUGCACCCACCGAGCACAUCCACAGGUUCUUGAACGAGAGCUGGCGGGAGCGCCAUCAAGCGGCCCUCAGUCCCGGCAUGCUGACCCUGCUCUGGUCCACCGUGGCGUCCAUCUUUUCGCUCGGAGGCCUGUUUGGGGCACACUUGGGAGGCAGCUUGGCCAUCCGGCUUGGCAGGAAAGGAGGUCUGUUGACAAACAACGUCAUAGCUAUCCUUGCCGCUCUCCUGAUGGGCAUUAGCUCACCAACGGGGCUCUUUGAAUUACUAAUCGUUGGGAGAUUCUUGAUCGGCAUGAACACAGGCAUUGGCCUCUCCCUGCAGCCCCUCUACAUAGGAGAAGCCGCCCCAAAGCACCUCCGAGGGACGAUGACCAUGGGAAGCUCCAUAUUCCUGACGGGGGGGAUUCUGACGGGACAAGUCGUUGGCUUAAGGGAGCUACUUGGUGGGGAAAAGUACUGGCCUUUCCUGCUCUCCAGCUGCUGCUUCCCGGCCUUUUUCCAACUCUUGGCCCUUCCCUGGUUUCCAGAAAGUCCCCGGUACCUCUUCAUCGACAAAGGGGAUGAGGUGAAAUGUAUCCAAGCUCUGAAGCGCUUUCAUGGCCCUCUGCACUACCAGAUGGAAAUGGAGGACAUCCAGAGGGAGCGUGUUGCCCUUGGGGGCGAGAAGCCCAAGAAGCCCUGGGAACUCUUCACGGACCGCAGCGUCAGGUGGCAGCUCAUCACCAUCUUCCUCAUGCCGAUGGGCCAGCAGCUGAGCGGGAUCAAUGCGAUUUACUUCUACGCCAGUUAUGUCUUUGCGGAAGCGGGAAUCCCCUCGGCCAAGAUCCCCUACGUGACCCUGGGGACGGGGGCGUGUGAGUGCCUCACUGCCCUCACCUGCGGCCUGCUGAUUGAGUCCAUGGGGAGGCGGCGCCUCAUCCUGGGUGGCUACUCCCUGAUGACUGUCUGGUGCGUGGUGCUGACCUGCUCUCUGACAUACAAGACACACCCCUGGGCACCGUAUCUGAGCAUGGCUUCGAUAUUUGCUUUCAUCCUAAGCUUUGGCCUCGGACCAGGUGGAGUGACGAACAUUUUGACGGCAGAGCUGUUCAUGCAGUCCUCGCGCCCCGCUGCCUACAUGAUCGCAGGGUCCAUGAGCUGGCUGAGCUUCUUCACCGUUGGGAUGCUCUUCCCCUUCAUCGUGAAAGGUCUCAAACAGUAUUGCUUUCUUGUGUUUUUGGUGGAAUGCUUCUUGGUUGCCAUUUUCAUCUUCUUUGUUAUUCCUGAAACAAAAAAUAAAACUUUUCUGGAAAUUAAGAGAGAAUUUCACAAGCUCAACUUUGGCAGAAGAAUCCCAGAGCCCAAGGGAGAACUAUGCGAGAGACGGAAACUCAGCUGUGAGUUCUAGAGGGGGUGUGGCACACGGGCUUUCCAGCCAGCCAGGAAACGGAGCGCUCAGAGAGUCUGCUGGCAACGCGCCAUGGCCCCUCCGGUGUGACGAUGACGACCCACACGGCACUCUGACUCCAGGGCGCUUGCUGGCCACACAGUUGUAUAUGCUUGGCUUUCCUCUGCACAUGCCUUGUAGCCUGCACAAGGUCCCAGUUAAAUAAUAAAAAA